AAAAAAAAAGAAGGUUAUUUGGUAGCGGCAGAGAAUGGAGAGCUCCGGGGAAUUGGUGCCUUUUCCGUUGCUGAUGACUUGCAAUUACCGGGCAUGUACCAUCCCUUACAGGUUUCCUUCCAACAAUCCCACUAAACCAACGCCCACUGAGCUUUCCUGGAUCCACGUCUUCAUGAAUUCCAUCCCUUCUUUUAGGAAGAGGGCCGAGAGCGAUGACACUGUUCCAGAUGCUCUUUCUCGAGCCGAAAAGUUUGCUCACAGGUACACUGAAAUACUCGAGGAUUUGAAGAAAGAUCCUAAAAGUCACGGAGGGCCGCCUGAUGGCAUUCUUCUUUGUCGCCUUCGGGAGCGAGUGCUUAGGGAAUUGGGAUUCAGAGAUAUAUUUAAAAAAGUUAAGGACGAAGAAAAUGCAAAGGCUAUAUCCUUAUUUGAGGAUGUAAUACAUCUAAAUGAUGCUAUUGAGGAUGAAGCUAAGCGUAUGGAGAACUUGGUCAAAGGGAUUUUUGCAGGAAACCUAUUUGAUCUUGGCUCGGCACAGCUUGCGGAGCUAUUUUCAAGGGAUGGCAUUUCUUUUUUAGCUAGUUGCCAAAACCUCGUUCCUCGACCUUGGGUUAUUGAUGACUUGGAUACUUUCAUAACAAAAUGGACCAGAGAAUCAUGGAAAAAGGCUGUAAUCUUUGUGGAUAAUUCUGGUGCAGAUAUUAUUCUGGGCAUUCUGCCAUUUACGAGAGAAUUACUUCGUCAUGGGACACAGGUUAUUUUGGCAGCUAAUGACUUGCCUUCUAUUAACGAUGUUACUUACCCUGAGUUGGUAGAGAUAAUAUCUAAGUUAAAAGAUGAGCAGGGGAAGCUUGUAGGUGUGGACACAUCCAACCUUUUAGUUGCGAAUUCUGGAAACGAUUUACCAGUUAUUGAUCUUACGGGAAUAUCACAAGAGCUUGCCGACUUGGCAAGCGAUGCUGACCUUGUCAUUCUGGAAGGCAUGGGCCGUGGUAUAGAGACAAACCUUUAUGCUCAAUUCAGAUGUGAUUCCCUGAAGAUUGGAAUGGUGAAGCACCCAGAGGUUGUUGAGUUUCUUGGAGGAAGGCUUUAUGAUUGCGUGUUCAAAUAUAACGAGGUCUUGGAAUAGAUGUAGUUAUUGACUACUUAUAUCCCACAAUAGGCACAUUCAACAACAAAAAAAAUGUUGUAAAACUAUUUGGUUGAUAUCACUUGCAAGAUCAAGGCACAAACUAAAAUUAUUGAAGAAA